AUGGCGUCCUCUCUAGCACUUAGGAGACUUCUCUCUUCCACCAUCGUCCCUCGCUCCGUUCGUCCAGCGGCUUCCUUGCGCCACUUCAACACCAACGAAGUUACGACCCUAGAAUACUGUCCCGAUGAAAACCGUCUCUCUAACCGGACAGUUUCUCCCCGUGAUGACUAUUUCUUCCCAGACAUGUUCCAUCCCCCGAGGCCCUUGAGCAAGGGUGGGAUUAGUUUCAUGGAUCAGGUGGGCCAAACUCAUAGGUGGGACGUGAAAGAGAAAGACGAUGCGUUACACCUGAGGAUCGAUAUGCCGGGGCUGAGCAGAGAGGAUGUGAAACUGUCUCUGGAAGAGAACAACAUACUUGUGAUCAAAGGCGAAGGGGAUGAAGAAGAAGAAGAAGAUGGAGGGAAGUUUUCGAGCAGGAUAGGGUUGUCUGAGAACGUUUACAAGACUGAUGAGAUUAAGGCGGAGAUGAAGAAUGGAGUGUUGAAAGUUGUUGUCCCUAAGUUGAAAGAUGAUGAGCGUUUAAAUGUUCGUCACAUCCAAAUUAAUUAG